AUGCUGACGUUUAAAAUCGAUGAAACUCUUUAUGAUAGUGAAUUUGAUUUUGAUGUUGAUGAGGUACAUGAAAACUAUGAUGUUCACAAUGAUGAUGAUGACGACGAAGAUGAUGAAGGUGGUAUUGAUGAUGAUGACGAUGACGUUCAAUUUGAUGAUGAUGAUGAUGGUGAUGAUGAUGAUGAUGAUGAUGAUGAUGAUGAUGAUGAUGACGAUGAUGAUGAUGAUGAUGAUGAUGAUGAUGAUGAUGAUGAUGAUGAUGAUGAUGAUGAUGAUGAUGAUGAUGAUGAUGAUGAUGAUGAUGAUGAUGAUGAUGAUGAUGAUGUUAAUGAUUAUCAUCAUUUCUGGUCUCGUCAAACUGCGGAAUUGGAUUAUGAAGAGCGAUUGAGUUUGGGACGUGCAUUUCAGUUAAUUGUGUCCAAUGAACUUGGUGAAUUGUUCGAUCUGGUACUGGACAGACCACGCAUUGUGAAUGCAAAAGAACCCAGUGGACGUACGUUACUCCUCCAUGCUGCAGACAAGGGAAGUUAUGAGAUGACGCGAAUAUUGCUAUCCAGAGGUGCAGAUCCGAAUGCAGUGGACUGUGACGGGAACUGUGCUAUUCACUUGGCCGAUAAUUAUCUGGCAGCCAAAGUGGUCACCGAGCACAAACGAUGGCCAGAAAUUAUGGAAAUGUUGCGAAAUACAAAUCAAUGUCCGUUGGAGCGUCUCGUAUGCUACAUGCCUUCUUUAACCACUUUGGUUAUGGAUCAGUUCGUCACGGAAUGUGGGACACGAAACACCGGAGACCACGGGACCCGAUUUGAUUUUACCAUGUUCCAGCCUUCGUCAGGCGAUCAAACCCGGAAAACAACUUCAGCUUUCCAUUUAAUGAAGAAAGCACAAGUGAAACACUGGGUUAUUCGACCACCUCUCACAUUCAACAGACGAAAACCUCACACAGUGGAAUUGAAAUUUGCGCUUACCAAGCUAAACAAGGAUCUUGCGCGAAUCAAACGUCGAAUGGCGUACAUGGAAAGUGUCCUAGAUCAGACGGUUGAACAGACUGGGAUGGGAUCGUAUAAAACACAACAGGAUGUUGGAAUUUACAGUGAUGAUCCGAUGAUCAAGGAUUAG